AUCCUUCUACUGCAUUGUUCUCACUUCUCAUUACUUGAUAUAUAUAGUUAUUGUGGUGGUCAAUGGGAUCGAAGAGGAACACGGUGGUUUUCGAGGACUACUUCCCGGCAAUGGUGGAGAAACUGGGGACUGAAGGGUUCAUGAAGGAGCUGACAAAUGGGUUCCAGUUGUUGAUGGACAGAGAGAAGAAAGUGAUCACAUUUGAGAGCCUCAAGAGGAACUCUGCAUUGCUUGGGUUGGAAGGGAUGAGUGAUGAUGAGAUAAUGAGCAUGCUGAGAGAAGGUGAUCUUGAUGGAGAUGGUGCUCUUGAUGAGAUGGAGUUCUGCACGCUCAUGUUCAGGUUGAGCCCUGCUUUGAUGAAUAACUCUAAGCAACUUUUGGAGGAAGCCAUUUUUAGUGCCCAUUAGAAAAAAACUCUUUUGAUUUUGCUCUUUCAGUUUCAGCUCCCUCUGUUGUGUUAUAAGCUUCUUAUUUCCCUAUAUUUUUCUGGGGCUGUUUCUGUACUUUGUAAUUGCAGAGUUGUAACUGAGUUUCUUCACCAAUCAGACUUCAAUUUCCUGUGUCUUGCUGA